GGCCGAUACUCUAUAAAACCAUCCGAUGAACCCGAUUUUGCCCUAAUCCCCAUUAGUCUUCUCCUCUUUCUUCUUCGCCACGCUCUCUCCGUAGCGCCGGCCAAAUCGAACCUUAGUUCGCCGACGACGAUAGCUCGGUUUGUCCUGGUCUUACCCAAGCAUGCAAUUCAUAAAUUUCUGAGUUAUAAAUUUUGGGAAACGAGAACGUUCGUGAGCAAACCAGCGAGAGAAAGGUGGAAGGGCCUAGAACAAUGGCUGCACAGCAUUCGCAACAGCAGCAGCAACAGCAAAUGCCAGCUGGCGAUGGCCUCACUUCCCAGUUCGCUAACUUGCCAAAAGCUCAAUUGUAUGAGAUCAUGUCUCAAAUGAAAGUUUUAAUAGAUCAGAAUCAAAAACAGGCGAGGCAAAUUCUCAUUGAUAAUCCUCAGCUAACUCGAGCUCUCUUCCAGGCACAAAUAAUGCUUGGAAUGGUGCAGCCUCCAAAAGUGAUGCCCAACCUUCAACAGCAACAGAUAUCACAGCCACAACCUGCACAGAUUGGACAGCCAUCUAAUGCUCAAGAUUCGCAAAAGCAGUCAGCUAAACUUGUAGGACAGGGUGAACCUAGUUUAUCUCAGAAUCCGCCAUCAGCUAGGCCACAACAACUAACACAACCUUCCCAGCCACUUCCAGUUGCAUCUGUUCCUUCAUUGACUGGCCAAUCAUUGCAGAUUCCUUUGCCACCUUCAGCACCACAAGCCAAGGGCUUUCCGCCCAUGCAAAUUCCUUCAGUACCUGCACAUUCUUCCCAUCAUCCAAGCUUGACUUUGCCUGCUCCUGGUCCUCCACACAAUUCUACCCUUCCAUCCCAUAUGCCAAUGGUUUCUGUGCAGCCACAACAAUCUUUGCAAAAUCCUGGAAUAUUCAACCAGGCACUGCAGCCACCAUUACCGCUGCAGCCUAGACCAAUGCAAACUUUUAACCAUCAACUUCAACCACAUAUGGCUCAUUCUCUUGCUUUUCAGCCACCAAAUGUGCCUCAUCAACUUCCAUUACACAACUUGUUCAAUCCUGGUGCUGGCCCUUCAGCUUCCUUCCUGCAAGGACAACUUCCACUUCCUAACCAGCUGCUGCCUCAACAUAUCUAUCAGCAGCAGGUAGGUUCUCACUUGGGUCCAGACUAUGGCAACCAAAUUGGCAACGCAAUGCAAAUUGAUAGAGGAACCCCUUGGGCACCUGGCCCAUCAGAAUUAUCAAAAAUGGGUGCUCAAGUGCCAGGACUAGCUCCGCUAAUGGCUUCUGGUCAGAUGGCUGGAGGCUCAAGUGGUCAGCCACCUCGCCCUCCACCGUUGACUCCAGAAAUGGAGAAGGCAUUGCUUCAGCAAGUUAUGAGCCUUACUCCAGAACAGAUCCAUCUUUUACCUCCAGAGCAGAGGAAUCAAGUGUUUCAACUUCAGGACAUGCUAAGAUAGUGGUGAUACAGUCAUCCCUUUAAGGAUUCAUGUAUUUAUGGUGCCAGCCUGUUCCCUACUUGAUCGGAGUCGUCAUUGAUGAUUUAACUUCCUGCAUUGAUGUGUUUGGCUGCAUUUGAUAGACGGAGGGAGGUCUGACGGUAAUAACUAGAUUGGUUUAGAUCAUGAAUUCUAACCUGAAUGAGACGUGUCACUACUUUGUUCCUCCGCCAAGACUGCGGCAAAUCUACUAUCUAUAUCACCAUUUUGUUUCAUGAGUUUCUUUUGUUCUUGUUUGCUUUGGACUUGGGAAUUUGGAGCUUUUGUCCUCCUGAUGUAACACUAAUUGAAUUAGAGGGAUGACUUCCACCUGUAAUGUUUUUAAAUUGUAUUUGCAGAUGUUUGAUGAACUGUAACUGUAGCAAGUGAUUACUAUGGUAGUGGAACUAGAAUUGAUGGAGAA